GGUGGGAGACAGGCUUCAGCAGAUGGGAAAGAUGAAGCUCGGAAUGAUAAUCCUGUUCUUUCUGGUAGGGGUCAGCCCUGGAGCAAACGGCUGGUCAUGGACAGAAACAACCAAACGGCCGUGGAUAACAGAGUCUCCUUCCUGCUGGUGGAACUGUGGCUAUGACCUCGGCAGCUGUUCCUGCUCCAGCUCCUGUCAGUACUAUGGAGACUGCUGCCACGACUACCACGAUUACUGUGACACAGCUACAACCACAGAUGACACCACACCAGCUUCUCCUUCCUGCAGGUGGAACUGUGGCUACAACCUCGGCAGCUGUUCCUGCACCAGCUCCUGUCAGUACUAUGGAAACUGCUGCUACGACUACCACGCUUACUGCUACACAACUACAACCACAGGUGCUCCUGACACCACAUCAGAGUCUCCUUCCUGCAGGUGGAACUGUGGCUACAACCUCGGCAGCUGUUCCUGCUCCAGCUCCUGUCAGUACUAUGGAAACUGCUGCCACGACUACCACGAUUACUGCUACACAACCACAACCACAACCACAACCACAGGUACUCUUGAGACCACAUCAGAGUCUCCUUCCUGCAGGUGGAACUGUGGCUACAACCUCGGCAGCUGUUCCUGCUCCAGCUCCUGUCAGUACUAUGGAAACUGCUGCCACGACUACCACGAUUACUGUGACACAACUACAACCACAGGUGCUCCUGACACCACAACAGAGUCUCCUUCCUGCAGGUGGAACUGUGGCUACAACCUGGGCAGCUGUUCCUGCUCCAGCUCCUGUCAGUACUAUGGAAACUGCUGCCACGACUACCACGAUUACUGCUACACAAGCCCAAUCACAGCUGCUCUUGACACCACAACAGGUGGAGCACCAUGUGGUGGAGAUCUGACUAACUCAAGAGGAGAAUUCUUCAGCCCCCAGUAUCCUAAUAACUACCCAAACAAUGCUAAUUGCACAUGGAGACUUCUGGCAUCAGAGAGACAAACUGUUAAUUUGACCUUCAUGUUUGUUGAUUUGGAGGCAUGUUGUGACUUUAUCAGGGUGUAUGACGGUCCCAGUGCUGCUUACCCACUGCUGGGUCGCGUGCCUCAAGAUCAGAGAUAUCACUUCAACUCCAGCAGGAACUAUCUGACCGUAGUCUUCUCAAGUGACAGCAGUGUAACUCGUCAAGGCUUUCGGGCACUGUGGGAGUUCGCAGGUGGAGCACCAUGUGGUGGAGAUCUGACUAACUCAAGAGGAGAAUUCUUCAGCCCCCAGUAUCCUAAUAACUACCCAAACAAUGCUAAUUGCACAUGGAGACUUCUGGCGUCAGAGACACAAGUUGUUAAUUUGACCUUCACGUUUGUUGAUUUGGAGGCAUGUUGUGACUUUAUCAGGGUGUAUGACGGUCCCAGUGCUGCUUACCCACUGCUGGGUCGCGUGCCUCAAGAUCAGAGAUAUCACUUCAACUCCAGCAGGAACUAUCUGACCGUAGUCUUCUCAAGUGACAGCAGUGUAACUCGUCAAGGCUUUCGGGCACUGUGGGAGUUCGCAGGUGGAGCACCAUGUGGUGGAGAUCUGACUAACUCAAGAGGAGAAUUCUUCAGCCCCCAGUAUCCUAAUAACUACCCAAACAAUGCUAAUUGCACAUGGAGACUUCUGGCGUCAGAGACACAAGUUGUUAAUUUGACCUUCACGUUUGUUGAUUUGGAGGCAUGUUGUGACUCCAUCAGGGUGUAUGACGGUCCCAGUGCUGCUUACCCACUGCUGGGUCGCGUGCCUCAAGAUCAGAGAUAUCACUUCAACUCCAGCAGGAACUAUCUGACCGUAGUCUUCUCAAGCGACAGCAGUGUAACUCGUCCAGGCUUUCGGGCACUGUGGGAGUUCGCAGAAAUGCCUUACUGCAGGGGGAACUGUGGCUAUAGUUUUAGUCGAUGUUCUUGUGCCAGCUCCUGUCAAUACUAUGGAAACUGUUGCCAUGACUACUACACGUACUGCUCGGCCACAACCAAACGGCCACCAGUGACUCACCCCACCUGCGGAGGACGCUUGUUUGAUUCCGGGUCAAUCUCCAGCCCCUACUACCCAAAUUAUUACCAUGAUAACGCAUAUUGCGUAUGGCAGCUCUCUGCUCCUGCAGGGCAGAGGAUCUUUCUGUCGUUUGUAGAUCUUGAGCUGGAGCGCUGCUGUAACUGUGACUAUAUAUACGUGUAUGAUGGCUCCACCACCGCCUCCUCACUGCUGGGCAAGCUGUGCUACAAUGACACCACCCUCCGGGACUUCCGCUCAUCCUCCUCAUACAUGACUGUCCUGUUCAGGAGCGACGGCUCAGGCGUGGCCCGCGGCUUCAAAGCCUCCUUCAGCAGCUCUCUGCCCGAAAAUACAGCUAGAGUGGUCUGUUCCUCAGACAGCAUGACCAUUGUAAUUCAGAGAUCAUACCUGAACUCUCUGGGCAUCGGCUGGCAAAAUCUCUAUGUGGAUGACCAUCGUUGCAGACCUUCUGCUAACAGCUACGAGGUGUCCUUCAACUUUCCCAUUGACAUGUGUGGAACCAGUAAAACGACCAACAAUGGACGUGUUGUCUACAAUAACCACGUGCGAGCGGCGCCAACCCAGUCAGGCGAGAUCACACGGCAGCUCGAGCAAUUCUUGCUGAGCGUGCGCUGCCACAUGGAGCAGGACACCACAGUGGGGACAGUCUACAAGGUCAAAGAGAUGAUCAACAAUACCAUCAGCGGCACCGGCCGCUUUAACGCCAGCAUGGCCUUCUACCCUUCCAGCAGCUUCUCCUACCCUAUACUCCAAUUUCCCUAUGAGGUCAGCCUCAAUCAGUACCUGUACGUUCAGGUGCAGCUCAGCAGAGCAGACAACACACUGGACCUUCUGCUGGACAGUUGUGUGGCCUCUCCCAACCAUGACUUCCAGGCUCGCUCCUACACCCUGAUCCAAAACGGCUGUGCGAAGGACAGCACGGUCUACAUUUACACCAACGGGAGGCAGUACUACGCUCAGUUCCAUUUCAGGGCCUUCAAGUUCCUGCGGACUCAUUCCUACGUCUUCCUGCAGUGUAGGGUGAUCGUCUGCGCUGACAGCGACUACAACUCCCGCUGUCGCCAAGGCUGCCGUAUGCGCAAGAAGAGAUCCCUCGACUCCUCCCACCACACUGAAACGGUCACACUGGGGCCAAUCACCCUCAAAGGUGCCAAAGCAGAGUCUGCUGCUGAGGUUGAGAAAGAGGAAUGAGCUCACUUCACUCCACCCAGGAGUAAUCUCUAAUCUCUUCUUCACUUAUCACUCAACAAAUGGAGCAUUUACUUACUCACUUCUAUUAAAGCAUUCCCAAAAGGCAAA